AAGCCUGUCUGAGAGCCUGCAAAACAGGUACCAAAGGGGCAUAUCCAGAGAGGCGUCAUACAAUGUGGUAUCUCUCUCUCUCCCUCUCUCACCAUUGCCGUUGCCAUUUUCCCUGUCGCCUACCUAUCCUCGCAACCGACGGCUGUCCGAAGUGUUACGGACUGGGGAAUAUCAAUUUCUCAUUGAGAACUCGGCACCAAUGCCUGCGUCUCGGUGAAAGUCCGACCCGACCCGACGACGAUCCUGCCCCGUGCUCCACAAGCUUCCAGCUCUGAAACUCAAUCAAGGACAGAAACUCGUUGACUUGUCAUGGCUGGUAACAGUCGCCCCGAUGCCGCAGAGACCCUGCGAGAGCAGCUCGAACAUCUCGAGCUACAGCAAGAAGACGCACAACCUCCGCGCCCUUCAAUACAACGGACUACUUCCUCUGCGCGACCGCAAGACCGGUCGACAGCGGGCUCAGCAUGGCUCACGCCUAACGACGCCCACGGAGCAAGCGGCCGGAUCCGCUUCUCCGAAGAGCUCCCUCGCACAAGGACAGAGAAUUGGUCGACAAGCAGGCCUUAUGCAACGCGUGCGUCCCUUCAUCUAGAUUCCCAGCUGUACACGAUCCAAUCAAAUGUGGACGACAGGAAGGCGAGGGGACGGAGCGGCCAAACACAGGAGAAAGAUGGGGCUGCGCAUGCAGAGGCAUCUUCAUCGAGGAGUCCGGGGCCGACCGGCCCAAAAGACAUCAGAUACAGCGCGGCCGACAGCUAUAACCAGUCACCGAUAUCACCAGAGCAUCCACGCCACCAUCACCUCGAGAGCUUCGACAGAAACUUUAAGGAUGCACUCUUUAAUGCGGCCGAGACCAACGUUACACUGGCCAAUUACCGGGACUGGCUCGCCCGACAGCGGGAGCGACAACGACGGUGGACGGGCGGUCCUACCUGGAGAAUAAAGGCCCGGGUUGCACCCCUCUACCAGCGUUACAUUGUCGAGGGCUUGCUGAUGCAGAAGCCGUUGCCGCCAAGCAAAGAUGGGAGGCAUGUUCUCGUCAAACCCGGACUUUCACGCCGAACCCCCCAAACGGACGAGCGGACGGGGAAGCCUUAUGUGACGAAUUUCAUACGAUCGAGCAGAUAUACCCUCUGGAACUUUUUGCCCAAGCAACUAUUCUUCCAGUUUAGUAAGCUGGCGAACUUCUAUUUUCUGUGCAUCGGUAUCAUGCAGAUGAUCCCGGGCCUGAGCACAACUGGGACAUAUACCACCAUCGCGCCGCUGAUGGCGUUCGUGGCAAUCAGCAUGGGGAAGGAGGGCUAUGAUGAUUACAGGAGGUACAAGCUCGACAAGGUGGAAAAUAGGAAGGAUGCAUGGGUUCUUGACCCCGAUGGACAGGCCAAACCCGCUCCCGGAACAGGAACGAGAGGGCUGAAGGAGGUGUUCAGGAUAAAAUCAGACACACCCGAUACAGAUGCGGAUGCAGAUGCGGAAAUGACGGAGCUGCAGGGUAUCAGCGGCCCCGGCGACGAGGCCCGAUCGUGGUCUAAGGUACAGUGGCGGGACAUCAGGGUCGGCGACAUCAUCCGCCUACGAAGGGACGAGGAUGUGCCGGCCGAUAUUGUGCUGCUCCAUGCCACUGGCCCUAACGGGGUGGCCUACAUCGAGACGAUGGCACUGGACGGGGAGACCAACCUGAAGAGCAAGCAGGCCUGUCCGCUCUUGGCCGACUCCUGCAAGACGCUGUCCGGCUUGUCCUCCUGCGGCGCCACAGUUGUGUCGGAGGAUCCGAAUCUCGAUCUUUACAACUUUGAAGGGAGGGCGACAGUCAACGGACAGACGAUGCCGUUGACGAUGAACCAAGUUGUCUACAGAGGCUCCACCCUGAGGAAUACCAACCAUGCGAUUGGGCUCGUCAUCAACUCUGGGGAGGAGUGCAAGAUCCGCAUGAACGCACACAAGAACGCCCACGCCAAGGCGCCUGUGAUACAGUCCAUCAUCAACCGCAUUGUCCUCCUGCUUGUCUUCUUCGUUAUCAUGCUUAGCUUCGGUUGUACGAUCGGCAACGAGCUCUGGAAGAGUGACUACAAACCUCGGGCUUGGUAUCUUGAUGGUGCCGGAGUGCCUUUCAAGGAAAUCAUCAUCGCCUUCAUCAUCGCGUUUAAUACCCUCAUCCCGCUGUCAUUGUACGUCAGCCUCGAAAUCAUCAAGCUGGGCCAGUUCUUUCUCCUCCACGAUGUCGAGAUGUACGACCCGGUUACGGAUACUCCAAUGGCUGCCAACACAACCACCAUUCUGGAGAAUCUGGGGCAGGUCAGCUAUGUCUUCUCUGAUAAGACAGGAACGCUUACAGAGAACGUCAUGCGCUUUCGGAAAAUGAGCGUCGCUGGCACUGCCUGGUUGCAUGAUAUGGAUCUGCAAAGAGAAGCAGAGGAGAAGGCACGCAAACAGGAGGCCGAGGAGAGCGAGACGACCAAGGGCAAGCAGAAACAAGAAGGCGAGACUCAUACCAUACAGAGCCCAGUCCGGGCAACUGGCGGCGAUCGCUACCCCAGAUACAACGCUGAGGACCAAGACAAAGGUAACCAGCCGCGAACAAGUUCGGCCUCCCAGUGGAGGUCGACUGCGAGGCCGACCCACGCCCAGCCCAUUCUGAAGACUGAGGAUUUCAUUCAAUACCUCCGUCUCAAGCCCCAUACCACCUUCUCCCGAAAGGCUCGUCACUUCAUUCUCUGUAUUGCGCUGUGCCAUACGUGUCUCCCCGAGACAGACGGAGACGGAGAUGUUGCAUUCCAGGCCGCAUCGCCCGACGAGUUGGCACUUGUCGAGGCUGCCAGAGAUCUCGGAUAUCUCCUCAUUGAUAGGCCGCCGCAGUCCAUGAAGCUGCAAUUCCGCGAUUUUGACGACUCGACCACCACCAAGACCUACGAGGUACUCGACGUCAUCGAGUUCAGCAGCAAACGCAAACGGAUGUCCAUCAUCAUCCGCAUGCCUGAUGGCAGGAUAUGCAUGUUUACCAAGGGUGCGGACAGCGCCAUCCUCCCUCGGCUCAAACUGAGCGGCCUUGCAGCCCAGAAGGCCUCUGCCGUCGAGCAUCGGGCAAGCAAACGCAAGAGUGUGGAGCAAGGGAAGGCGCUCCAGCGGCGGAGCACGCAGAGGAAUACGCGUGACAGCAUCCACCUCGCUCGCGCAGCGUCGGGGUUGAGUCACAGAAGGAGCGGACUCCGCCCGAGGAGUGCCAAGCGAUCGACCAGCAUGAACAGGAGGUCAUUGGUCACGGACGAGGUAGAUUCCUGGCUCACGCGGCUCGAGAAUGAAGAUAUGGAGCAGCUGGCCGGAGACGACGACGCUUACCAGACCCCACGGGCAUCCAUGGCGGGGAAGCGGUCAUCCGAUUUUACAUCUGGCGACGAUCUGUACGACGGCCUGGUGGACGAGAGGUUGGCUGUGAAUGAGGGAGCCGUCUUUGAGCGCUGCUUCCAACACAUUGACGACUUCGCCUCGGAAGGCCUGCGAACCCUGCUUUUUGCCUAUCGGUACCUGGAAGAGGACGACUACAAGAAGUGGAAACCCAUUUACCAAGAAGCGACCACCAGUCUGGUCAACCGCCAGGAACGUGUCGAGGCUGCAGCUGAGCUGAUUGAGCAAGGCUUCGACCUUGCGGGCGUCACGGCUAUCGAGGAUAAGCUGCAGAAAGGCGUGCCGGAGACGAUCGAUAAGCUCCGUCGCGCCAACAUCAAGGUCUGGAUGCUGACGGGUGAUAAGCGAGAGACGGCCAUCAACAUCGCACAUUCGGCAAGGAUCUGCAAACCCUUCUCAGAGGUCUACAUACUCGAUGCCACCAAGGGCGAUUUGCAGGAGAAGAUCGCAUCUACCUUGAUCGACGUCGGCCGUGGCAUGAUCCCGCACUCGGUCGUUGUCAUCGAUGGGCAUACACUCGGCGUGGUCGAGGAGGACGAGUCCCUCAAGAUACUCUUUUACGAUCUUGUAGCUCGUGUCGACUCGGUUAUAUGCUGUCGAGCAUCGCCUUCGCAGAAAGCAACCCUGGUGAAAUGUAUCCGCAAGCAGGUGCCUUCCAGUCUCACUUUGGCCAUCGGCGAUGGAGCCAACGAUAUCGCCAUGAUUCAAGCGUCGCACGUUGGCAUCGGCAUCUCUGGCCGUGAGGGCCUCCAGGCUGCCCGCAUCUCGGACUACUCGAUCGCGCAGUUCAGGUUCCUGCAAAGGCUCCUCUUCGUCCACGGACGUUGGAACUACAUCAGGACCGGCAAGUACAUUCUCGGCACCUUCUGGAAGGAGGUCGUCUUCUAUCUCGUCCAAGCACAGUACCAGCGGUACAACGGCUACACGGGGACGUCCCUCUUCGAACCUGCCAGCCUGACAGUCUUCAACACGCUGUUCACGUCGUUGCCGGUCAUCCUGCUGGGUAUAUUUGAGCAGGAUCUCCGCGCCGAAACGCUGCUGGCGGUGCCCGAACUGUACACCUUCGGGCAGAAGAACCUGGCGUUCAGCUUCAAGCUAUAUCUCUGGUGGAUGUUCCUGGCCGCUAGCGAAUCCAUCCUGAUCUAUCACAUCAUCCACGGCAUCUACGACUCUGCUCUCUUCACCGCCGACACGACCAUCUUCGCAAUGGGCGCUCUCGCGUUCACUGUCUGCAUCAUCUUCAUCAACUUGAAGAUGCUUGUCCUCGAGAUGCACAACCAGACCAUCAUAUCGUUGGUGGGGUUGAUCCUCUCCGUGGGGGGUUGGUUCCUCUGGAACAUCCUGCUGAGUCUAAUCUACGCCCCGACGGCGGGGCCCUACAUCGUCCGCGACGCUUUCCUGCAGAAUUUCGGGCGCAAGGCAAUAUGGUGGCUCACGAUGCUUGUGGCCCUGUUGGCCCCUAUCGUGUUGGAGCUGACACUGGCUGCCGUAAGACGCAUAUUCAAGCCCAGAGACCGAGACCUGAUGCAGGAACUCGAGCACGACGAGGGCCUCAUGGACGUCAUGAAGGAGCACGCCGCCGAGCGGGGGGAAGGGGAACCAGCAGCAGCAGCGGUGGUGAUGCGAGAGGAGAAAACCGUCAGAGUGUUUCCCGCCAAGGGCGCCGAGCCCACCUCGGCCAAGACGUCCAUAACCGUCACCACCGCGGAGCUAUCUCCGUGGGGGAUGAGUGGGCCCGGCGGCGUCCAUGGCAAGCGGGGGAGCAGACACUAUGGGGACGAAUACAUACCCCCGCCGUUCGCGUCGCCCGCCGAAGAGCGCGAGGACCCGGUGGAUGCGGUGGCCCGCGGCGAUGUCGGUGGGGGGAAGGGGAAGUUGUCCCAGACCCCGACCCUGAGCCUAACCCCGACGAGGAGAUGGUUCACCGACACGAAGAGGCCUGCCAGCGAGGACGUACAGUCUUACUUUUCCCAGAGCCCCAUCGAGCUCCGGAGCCCCCCUCCGCCAGACGGACAGCAGAAGAAGCAGAGCGAAUCUUCUAAGCCUUGAAGAGAGCUAUGUUGAUUUAAAGCUGUGGCGAAGGGUAUCCGACAUGUGAUCUUUUCCUGCAUAUCUAAGCAUCUGCGCACGCAUCCAGCUCACGGAUUUUGUAUUUUGGAAGCAGGGAGUACUUGGGAACUUAGGGGAACGAACAUGUCUGGCGUCUGAUUUGGAUUUUUUUACUCCGUAGAGGGUGACUUUUGGAUAUGAUAUCCCAGGCAUGUUUCAUGGUUGCAUUCAUUCAUAGGAGCAGUUAGAGACCACAAAUUUGAGAGAUAUAC